AUUAACAAAUAUUAGAACAAGAUUACAAUUCCAUUGUCUUAUUUCUUCUUUAUUUCUCAUUUCCGUCAACACAUAUGCUCACGCCCAACCCCCUUCAGCAAGCUAGUUACCCCCUCUCCUAUUGUAUCUGAAAAUGGAAUGCCACUUUUGCUUCUUGCUAAUGGUAUGAAAGUAUAUAAUCAACCAAAAUCUGGAGAACAAUUGCUGGUGACUAGGCGGAGUCUUCAACAGUCAGUGAGCUGUCUAUAUCCUACUCUGUAGGUGAAGAAUGUCUGAAGAUAUGGGAUGCUUUGCAGCAGAUCUUAAACCUGUGACGAAACCACCGUUAGUACAAAAUGAGAGGAGUGAAAAAGAAGAAGCUAUUGCUAAUGGUGGGAAAGGAGAUAAUCGACAAAAAGAUGGAGCUGAAAUUACUGGUGAUGUAAUGGCUUCAACAGUCACUGAACAAUGUUUGUCCUCCCCUGAAGGUGGUGAAGAUUUGUCGGCAGAUACACUUAAAACUCAGUCGAUACAACCAAUGGUGGACAAAGAGAGAAUUGAAGAGCAAGAGACUGUUGUGCAUGCUGCAACAGAUGCGAAGCAAGUGAUGGUGUUGGAGACUGAAUCAUUUGGCACAAGGGAAAGUUUGGUGAUGCAGGCACUUCUUCGGGCGCCUAGAUAUUUUGACUUUAAAGGAAGCAAAUGGGAAACAUGCCAGAGGUGUGGUGAAGAAAAUCAUGGAGCAGCAGGUUGUAUCCCUCUUGAAAAGAAGAAAAGGCCAUGCUUUCGCUGUGGGCAUUAUGGGCAUAAUGGAAAAUAUUGCAAGAAGAUCAGAGGUUGCUUCACUUGCAAGAGAAGAGGUCAUUUAGCCCGAGACUGUCCCGAUACUAACAUACAGAUACUACAAGAUCAAUCUUGUGAAUUUUGUCUAAAAUGCGGUGACACAGGACAUGACAUGUUCACUUGUAAAGAUUGUUACUCCUCUAGUGAUCUUGAGAAAAUUCAAUGCUGGGUUUGCAAAGCUUUUGGCCAUCUUUGCUGCAUUGAUUACAAAGAUUAUAGACCAAGGCAAGCAUCUUGCUACAACUGUGGAAACCUUGGUCAUUUAGGUUCAGAUUGCUUAAAUCUAUGUUGGAACAUUCACCCAGCUUCUCUUAGCUGCAACACAGGUGGGACUGGUCCUUCCAGUGAAGGCAAUUAUGCAGUAGAUCAUACAUUGCAAGAAGGAAAGGAUGGAGAUAUAAAUCUUUUAUGUGAAGACAGCAAAUCUGCGAAGGAGAGCAGUGACGUCUUAGGCUCUGAAGUUGCUCCCAAGAAGAUCCGCAGAUCAAGAUGGAGGAAGCGCAAGCAGAGGCAAAAGAAAACUCUAACAAUAACUGAGGACGGAAGAUGGGAAAUGGCAGACAGUGCCAUGCAACAACAAUGCCAGUCUUCGGAAGACCCAAAAUCAAAUGUAUUGUUGAAACCGGAAGCAACAUUCAGGAACCAUUGUGGUGUUUACUUUGGUGGACAGAGUAGUAGGCAGUGUCAAUCAUCUAAGCUAUCUAGAUCAGACGUUUGGGUGAAUCGUGCGGCAACUUUGGCGAAUCAUAAUGGUGGAUGCUUCGCUCCACCCAGCCUUCUAAACCAAUGUCCACAACAAAUUUCCAUUCAGGAGAGUAUAAUUGAGAAUUCAAAUACUUUGCAAUAAGCUCUGUACUAAACGUACCAACAUCAAGGCUUUAGAUUUUAACUCAAAACAGUUGAAGGCCCUGAAAAGCUCUGUUUACUUUCUGAUCAAUUGCCGGCGGUAAUGGAAUCAUAGGAAUCCCAUUACCUUGGGCAAGUGAAGGACUCGGUGUAUAUGCAAAGUAGCUACAUUAUGUUUCUUUGUAAACCCUUUUCUUAUGAUAGGACAAUAAAAAAAGAGGAUUUCGUCAGUUUA